UCUAAACUGGAUUGAAAGGGAAAUAAAGCAACUCAUAGAGCAGUGUUGGGAUGUUUUUAAGCUUGCUCCCCUGUGUAGAGCAGUAGGCGAUAUGUUAUUCACCCUGACUGAACCGAUGUUAGGCUACACAAUUAUGCUAAUAAUGGCAUUUAGGCCUACAAUCCUCACKAUUAUCAUUAUUAAGGACUUAUCUAACGUGKGCUAAAWCGCACUUUGACCCAAGCCUGUUUCCAAAAAUGUUAAAAGGCCAWUUGUGACUGGGAUGUUUGCAUAYUCUKAACCAUUAAYAAAUGCUGAUGUUCCUCCCAACGAGAUAUGUAAGUUGCAACAGCAAACAGAGCAGCCCUAGUCAUAUGAAUAACCUCGUGAGUUUUGAAYUUGUGCUUAAAAUCUGUUACAGUUAAUUCACCGUAAAUGCCAUACUUUUCACUAGAGGGGRAAACUGGUUUGGGAUUACUUUGAAAUCAGCGCGCAUGAGUACCAGCCGAUUACAGCACAWAAAGGRUCAUCUUUUGGGUGAAUACACGUGUGCAGAGAUGGCAGCUCCAUACAGCCCCCUGACCACUCACGUCCUGAACACCGGGAUGGGCGUCCCUGGAGCCCACAUGGCCCUCAGCCUGCAUCGCAUGGAUCCCUCCACUUCACUCUGGAACCUUCUCACCACAGGGACUACUAAUGAUGAUGGGCGCUGCCCAGGACUCAUCACCAGAGAAACGUUCACUCCAGCAGUGUACAAGAUGCGCUUUGAGACAGGCCAAUACUGGGAGAGUCUGGGAGAGACCUCUUUCUACCCAUACGUCGAGAUAGUCUUCACCAUAACGGACCACAGUCAGAAGUUCCAUGUUCCUCUGCUCUGCAGCCGCUUCUCCUACACUACCUACCGGGGGAGCUAGAGAGUCUGUCACUCACCCCCACUCACCAUCUUUCACCUGGGCCACAUUCAGUUGUCAAACGUUGUCUAAUCACGGUUAACCCAGAACUAAUGUCUUGCGUAAUUGUCAGAUGCUUGAUUAAGUUCCGGGUCCAUAUGUGUUAAGGGAAGAGAUCGGAACCGGAACGAAGAGAUCCACCCUUCUCUCUUUGCAAGUUACGGGCAAGUAUAUGGUUCAAAUGUCCCCUCCCCUUACAAAAUUUGAAAGAUGCUAACACCUGUGAAAUCGUGAUUAAUCCAAAGCACCGGAACUAAUGCUGCUCAUUAUCUCACUCAUCCCGUUUUAUCAUGCCAGAUCUACAGAACCAUUUAUGUUUACGUAGUCUGUCCACGAGAUAUUAAACAUUGUCGAACGUUGCAGAUAGAAAUGCCAUGACCAGAGUCUACAUGAUUCCUUGUUCUACAUGUCAGAUAGAAAUAUGUUAUGAAGAAUAAACAUCUGAACGUUC